GCAUGAUAAAGAUCUGGGUUCUCCUCCUGCUGGUGUCGGUGGCCAGCGCCCAAACUAACUGCCCACUGGCGAGGACUCUGAAAGCAGCUGGAAUGGACGGCUUUAAUGGCGUCAGCCUGGCUCACUGGGUCUGCAUGGCCUUUGCAGAGUCCAGUUACGACACUCAGGCCACACACUUCAACCCGAGCGAUGGCUCAACAGACUACGGCAUCUUUCAGAUCAACAGCCGCUAUUGGUGUAGCGAUGGCAAGUUCCCCGGCAAAAAAGAAUGUCCAUUCACCUGCAACCAGCUGCUGUCUGAUAACAUCUCCGCUUGUGCCAAGACCAUCGUGAGGCAGCAGGGCAUCAAAACAUGGGUGGGCUGGCAUAACCGGUGUAGGAACCGUGAUGUGAGUCAGUACAUCGCAGGCUGUGUAGUGUAAAUGAGGACCCCAGAGAGAUGCAGCUCAAGCUGAAACUGUUCCAGCCCUUCAGAAUGUCUUAUAACAGGGAUUUUAUUUCCCAAGAAAUGUUUUAAAUGCAGUUAUGCUAUUGCUUUAUUAUACAAUUAGUCAGAAGUACUUCAGAAAUUACAC